CCUGUUUCUACCCUUCGUGUUGAGAAUCAAACACUGUAUGUUGAAAAGAACAGGAGGAAGUUAUUUAUGACACGUCAAAUCGACUUCUAUUUGCGACACAUUCAAAAACAAUAACAGAAUGUGAUGUUGGGUUAAUUUCCCAAUGCGAUUCUCAAGGAACGGUGAUACAGUAUUAAUGUCCAGCUUUACCGAAGGAUAUAUGAUGAAAUCUUUUUUUAAACUAUUGGCUCUCUGGGAGUUCAUUGAAAAAUAAUCUCUACAGCAACAACCCCGAGCAAAAGCUAGCAUACAAUGCUAAAACACUACUCAACAGUUCUUAUUUUAGCCCGAGGCCACUUUUUCACUUGUUUUUUUCCAUCCCGAGGAACGACAUAGCUUGGGUCGUUAUGCGUUUGACAUUCCAGUAUUGGGUCGUUAUGCGUUUGACAUUCCAGUAUUCGCCUGAGCCUUGCAUGUCCAUGAUGUGGAAGUGUAUGACUUUCUUCCUCCUGUGCACGAGUGCUGGUGGAUGCACAAACAUUUUCAACACAUCAGGCCUGAUGUUGGAAUUCAGGGCUGUUGAUUUUUAUGACAAAGUAAAUUCUGGGAAGAUGGUCUUUGUGUAUUUUGAGAAUCAAGUCACUCCAACCAUCUCUCUCUUCUUGAGGGAAUUGAAAAAGUCUGCAGAUGUUCUGAAAGAUUAUGGAAUACUCGUAGGCAAGAUCAACUGCAAAAAGGAAAUUGUUCCCUCAUACUGUACGAAAGAAAGCAUGGAACACACAGCUUUUCUUUUCAGGAAUGGUAAGGAGUUCUUGAGUUUUGAUUUGGACACGGUGUUUGACGUCAACUCCAUUGUUUCUGAAGUCUUGUUUGCUAUUUUACGCGACGAGGUCAAGUAUGUGCAUUCAGACGCCGACCUCUUUGUGAUGGAGAAGUCACUCAGGGGGAAAAAGGAUAUCGUGCUGGCUUAUGUCACCAGUCUAGGCACACAAGAACACAGAUCAGUAAUGGAGACAGCAUAUGUAUAUGGCUCCAAAUACCAGUUCAUCCUCAUAACUGGAGGCCCUGUCUUGAAGCACUUAGGUGGUCAGAGAGCAUCUCCUGUGUCUCGAGUGUGGUUCCUCCACUGCAGGGCUCCCAACUCUGAGCGCUGCCCUCUGACACCUAUGAGGACACCAUUGUCAACAUUAAGCCUGCACACCUUCCUGCAACUCAUGGAGGCUCCGCUGUUGUCAGAAGUAUAUGAAGACCCCUCUGCUGUUCCAAGACCGCAGUUUCCCUACCAACAGACCCCCCAAGUCUUUCUGUUCUCACAUUCCGAAACAGAGCAACUGGACCGGGACAUGGCCGAGACUCUGGCCUGGAGGCUCCGUGGCCUCGCCCUACUGACACUAGUGCACAGGAAAAGUCUUGUGGUGAAAACACCUCUGGAAUAUAACGCUGCUUACAGGCUGCCGGACAAGGGUUCUGAGGUGAAAUAUUUAACCUUAGACAACCUGGAUGAGCUCUUGGAGCUCUUCCUUCAUAACGAGGGAGAUGAAAUUCAAGAUGAGGAGCUGGGAGAAGAAGAGUGUAAUAUUGAGGAAGAUGUGUCUAAUGAGGAGUUAGACGAUGAGAUUGUGGCAUCUGUCUAUUCGAACCGAGGCCACUUGGAACAGAUGGCCUCUGUUACCCAACUGACAUCUGAUGACUUCACAGACACAAUAGCUCAGAGUGGCCUUACGGUGGUACUUUUCUACCUCAAAUGGGAUGCCAUUUCAAUGGCCUUCUUCAGCUCGUUUACAGAAGUGGCAAAAAGGCUCUCAGAUUCUGACAUUGCUGAUGUUACCAUGAGCACAGUGGAUUGUGGAGAAUGGACAGACCUUUGCGCCGCUCAGCUAGUUGGCUCUCUCCCAGUCUCCUUCCAGCCAAUUACUACCUUUCCAAGUGUCCUGCUGCUCCGCCCUCAGGAGCCGAUUCAGAAAUACCUGGGAAUGUUGGGAUAUGACCCGCUGCAUCGCUUCAUUUUGCUGAGCCGUCUGGCCUCUCCCCAGCUACUGUCUACUCACCAAGACGUGACAUCAUUCCUUCAUGGGGGCCCUCAUCCUGAGCUAGCAGGCUACCACCCUGAUAGAGUAGUCGGACUGUUUAGGAGGCUCACACAUUCAGGCGUGCCAGUAUUUAAUGAAGUAGCAAAGUCAUUGCGAGGGACGGUGCUGAGCGCCAUGCUGACAGAUGUGUUGGCAGAGGAAUGGGCUGCUGAUCUCUCUGUCAACCUUCCUGCAGUAUUAGUGUUUCCGUCUUGGAGGGGAGACUCCCGGCCCUCUGUGUUGACCAUGUUUUCCUCCGUGGAUGAAUUGGUCUCCCAUAUUGACGUGGCACUGUUGGAUCCUUUGCCUGAGUUGACAGUGGAAAACCUGCCGUCUUUCCUUAGCCGAGGAAAAGCCCUUCUCCUGCUGUUUGUUGGAGAAGAGGAGGAUGAGAGUGGGCUGAGGCAGAACAAGGUGCUGCUGGAGGAAAUGAGAGAAGUGUUGGAAUUGGGAGGCGAGAGAAUGAAGCAAUACUUGACCUGCUGGAUCCACCUUGGCCGUACUCCAGCUGGGAUGUCAGUACUGGGCUCUUAUCUGGGUUCUAUGCCUCCCCUUCCUGCGCUAGUUCUCACUCAUCUGCCCUCUGGACAUGAAGUUUAUGAGUACCCACCCAACACACCCAUUGUGGCCCGGUCUGUCUUGCAGUGGCUGCAGAGCGUGGAGGAAGCCAGAGAGUCUCCAGCAGGCAUGUUAAGAAAAGGUGACUGGCCUCCCUCCGUGGAGUUCUAUGACUUUCUGAAAAUCAUGGACGAGGAGGAGCCGGGCUUUGCGAAGCAACGCGUUUCCAAAGAAAGGAACGAAGAAGAGGAGGAGGGUGAAACACAGUUGAACGUGGAGGAAACGGCAACAGAUUCCUCCUACCACACGCCUCAUCGCUCAGAGUUAUGAAAAAUUAUUUUGACAAAGGUGGCCGGUGCACACACAUCAGUGCAGAGGAGCACAAUGUGUAUUGACGUCAAUAAGAGUGUGACCAAUUUAUUUUGGUUAUCCGUGCUUUUUAUCUCAAGUAGGCUGGACUAUUGUAACGGUCUUCUGACUGGGCACCCCAGAAGAGCAUUAAACGGAUGCACUGAUUCAGAAUGCUGCAGCUCAGGUUCUGACCAGAACAAAGAGAUCAGAACAUAAUACUCCAUUUCUCCACACCGGCUCCCACUUGGCUUUAGAAUAGAUUUUAAAGUUCUGCUACUGGUCUCUAAAUCACUGAAUGGGUAAGGUCCUGAAUACAUGAAAGAAAGGCCAGUGCAAUAAAAACCCGGUAGGGGUCUGAGAUUUAAAGACUCGGGUCAAAUAGUGGAGCGCAGAGUCCAGAGCAAACAUGGUAAAGCAGUAUUUAGCUGUUAUGCUGCACACAAAUGGAAUAGGUUGCCAACAAAGGUGAUGUCAACCACAAGUGGUAAUGUAUUUUUUUUUCCUCAGGCUUUUUUUUUUUUUUAGCACAUUUCCACUUUUAAAUGAUUUUUCUUGCACUGUACACUUUUGUAAAAAUAUUUUUUCUUUGUUAAAAAUGCAUUUAAGAUCUUUUUUCUUUAUUUUUUAAUACUUUUAUGCAUGUACCACAGAGUGAGUAAGCUUGUAUAUGAAAAGUGUGAUAUCGAUAAAUUCGCAUUGUUUUCACUUUUUCUUCAUGAAUAAAAGGCCCAUUUCUUUCAAACAUUGUUCCCAAAUGGGCCACAAUGCAUGAUGAGCACUUGGUGAGAUAAUCCAUCAACCUCACGUGUGUGCCAUAUACAGUAGCAAGAUACUAAUUAGACGCCACGAUGGUUGCACGGGUGUCCCU